UCCAUCCUCAAAUCAAUCCUUUAACAUUUUCCAAAUAUAUCUAUCUUUUGUAAUACCAAAAAUUAAUAGUACAAUAAUUAAGAAGAUCAUCAUAAUGAGGAGCAAAACAAGAACUCAAAACAAGCCGGUGACAAUCAUUUGGAUCAUCAAGACGCCUAUACGAGUUUUAUGUAAAGCCAAAGAUUAUUAUAUCAAAGGCAUCACAAACUUCAGCACUAACUAUAAUCGCCCAAUGAUGAUCUUCGAAGAGCCUAAUCGCAGUUGUAACACGCAGCUUCCAAGAAGCUUUAGUGCCACCAUGCUAUCUGAUAACCGUAAUGUGAGUGACCAACCUUCUGGAGGCCUAAUCAGGGCUAGUUCCACUAGCGUUACUCAAAUUAGCAUAGCUGAUAUUGAACGGUACGUGUUACAAAAGCAAAAUCAAGAGUUACAAUCGUCUGUGUCCUCGAGGAAAGUUGUAGCUAGGAAUUGUAGUGUUGCAAUGGUGAGAAUUGAUGAAGAUCGAGCUAAUUCGUUUAGAGAUGAUUUUGCUCUUUAUAAAAAUAAUCUAGUUGUUAAUAACAGUGGCCGGUCGAAUUUAUCUAGGAAUCUUAGUCAGGCACGUCGGUUAUAGAAUAUAUAUAGGAUUUGUAUAAUUCAUGUAUUGAUCUAUACUUUCUAAUUAUUGUAUGAACUUUGUGAAAUAUAUGUGAUAUAUGAUUAUUUUUUUUC